CGCGCGGCCUUAACCGUGAGGAGAGUUUCCGCCAUUUUUGAAAAGUGGGACCGUUCUUGCCGGAGUGGUGUUGGCCGUUUGCGAUGGCAGCGUUUGCUGUGGAUCCCCAGGCGCCCACGCUGGGAUCUGAACCAAUGAUGCUGGGUUCACCGACAUCUCCAAAGACAGGUGUUAAUGCCCAGUUCUUACCUGGAUUUUUAAUGGGGGAUUUACCUGCUCCCGUGACUCCACAACCUCGAUCAAUUAGUGGCCCUUCAGUAGGAGUAAUGGAAAUGAGAUCACCUUUGCUUUCAGGGGGGUCACCACCACAGCCAGUUGUACCUGCUCAUAAAGAUAAAAGUGGCGCUCCACCUGUUAGAAGUAUAUAUGAUGACAUUUCCAGUCCAGGACUCGGAUCAACACCUUUGACUUCAAGAAGACAGACAAACAUCUCAGUGAUGCAGAGUCCUCUUGUUGGAGUUACAACUCCAGUGACUGGACAAAGCAUGUUUAGUCCAGCAAAUAUUGGUCAGCCACGAAAGACGACUCUAUCUCCUGCCCAGUUGGAUCCUUUUUAUACUCAAGGAGAUUCUCUGACUUCAGAAGAUCAUCUCGAUGACACUUGGGUGACUGUAUUUGGGUUUCCACAAGCAUCUGCUUCUUAUAUAUUAUUACAGUUUGCACAAUAUGGGAAUAUCUUAAAGCAUGUGAUGUCUAACACAGGCAACUGGAUGCAUAUUCGUUACCAGUCUAAAUUGCAAGCCCGGAAAGCCUUAAGCAAAGAUGGGAGAAUAUUUGGAGAGUCCAUCAUGAUUGGUGUCAAGCCAUGUAUAGAUAAAAGUGUCAUGGAAAACAGUGACAGAGGAGCCUUGUCAUCUCCAUCUCUAGCCUUUACACCAAUCAAGACCUUAGGCACUCCAACACAGCCUGGAAGCACUCCUAGGGUUUCUACCAUGAGGCCUCUUGCUACAGCAUACAAGGCCUCCACUAGUGACUACCAGGUUAUUUCUGAUAGACAAACACCAAAAAAAGACGAAAGUCUUGUGUCUAGAGCGAUGGAGUACAUGUUCGGCUGGUAGCACAGUAAGAGCCAGACUGAGCCAGUCAGUGGAGGACUGCCGGCUUCCUUGGGUUAGUUAUAUAACCAUUUAAGGCAGUAUUGGAUAGCUGUUAUAGAGGUGUCUUUUACAACCUUUUGUUUAGGAAACAGCCCAUUUGUAGCUUGCACUUUAAAAGAUGGCUGAGAUACACCUGAAGAAAAGAUUGUUCAGACAGCAUCUUGUGCUCUCUGGUACAGUGCAUGCUUAGCACCGUGUUCUCAGCAUUGGCUGCAGUAAAUUACAUGAUUGAGUUUGAAGUGAGUCUCAUUAGCUUUCAUUGAGAAGAUGGAUGAAUUUCAUGGAGAGCCACAACCACUUCACCAAGACACAGUGAUUAUAAUUAGCAAUUUGAAUUAUGGUCUUUAAUUCAGAUAUUAUUUAAUAUCUUGAUUGUCUUUGUAUAUGUCUUGUGGAUUGUCAUCUUUUAUGUUCUUUUUAAAAACCACCCACUACUAAUGUUUCUUAAUAAACUUUGUCAAUUUUUAUGUGGUGAA